AAGAAACUAUUUUGGAAACUUAAAAAUCGGCAUUUUAUUAAUCCACAUAAUCACCUUUUGUUGUGUUGUGCGUAUUUGCCUAGUAUGGCUUAUUAAAAGCCCCUAAUAAAAAUAACCCAGACAGCAAGCCAGGCAUUAAUCAUUUUUAAGAAAAUACACAUUUGCAUUUCCAUUUCAAGUAAUCAGAAAAAUUGUGCAUUAUUUUAGGACUAAAGAAGGCGAUGCAUUCAUAUAAAUAGACACAGUGUGGAAGAAACUCCACGUCAUAAUUUCUGUGUUCAGAACUUAAAGUGUUCUUUAAGCAGUUCUCCAAAAAUAAUUAAAAUUGUCUAAAAUGAAAUUCUUCAUUGUUGCCUUGGCUUUGGUUGCCGCCGUUAUGGCUGAUGUCUCCGAAUUGUCAUCGGGUUAUGAUUAUCACGCCCCAGCUCCUUCGGCUCCAGUCAACACCUAUAUCCCACCAGCUGCUUCGGAGCCCGUCAACACUUAUGUUCCUCCCGUGGCUGCUUCGGAACCCGUCAACACUUAUGUACCCCCUGUAGCUGCCUCUGAACCUGUCAACACUUAUAUCCCACCCGCAGCUGCCUCGGCUCCUCAACCAACUGUUGAAUUGGCCGAUGAUGGUUAUCGUUACAAGACCCACCGUCGUGUUGUCUACCGUAAACUUUAUGAAAUAAGAAUUUGUUCUAUAAAUAGGCAAUUGGUGGGCAUUGAGGGGCAACACAAAUUCUUUAAGAGUUUUACAAGCAACAUCCCCCAAAUAACCAUUAACAAAAUGAAAUUCUUCAUUGUCGCCUUGGCCUUGGUUGCCGCCGUUAUGGCUGAUGUCUCCGAAUUGUCGGGUGGUUAUGAUUAUCAUGCCCCAGCUCCUUCAGCUCCUGUUAACACCUACAUUCCUCCAGCUGCUUCGGAACCUGUCAACACUUAUGUUCCUCCCGUAGCCGCCUCGGAACCCGUCAACACCUAUGUCCCCCCUGUAGCUGCAUCUGAACCCGUCAACACUUAUAUCCCACCCGCUGCUGCCUCAGCCCCUGAACCAACUGUUGAAUUGGCUCAAGACGGUUACCGUUACAAGACCCACCGCCACCGUGUCUACCGUAAACGUAAAUUCCUUAUUGUCUCUUUGGCCUUGUUGGGCGCCGUUAUGGCUGAUGUCUCUGAAUUGAGCGAUUAUGGAUAUCAAGCUCCAGCUGCAACCGAAGUUCAUGGAGAUUAUGCCAAUGAAGGUGGCUAUAGCAGUUCAGUACCUGUGAAUACCUCUGCCCCUGAGAGUAGCUAUGUUCCACCAGCUGCCAGUGCCCCUGUAAAUUCAUAUAUUCCACCAGCCGCCGCUUCUGCCCCCGUCAACACUUACGUUCCCCCUGCCGCCGAAUCUGCACCCAUUCCCACCGCUGAGUUGGCCGAAGAUGAAAUACGCGAUUUUAUGUCUGGCUUUGUGCUCUGCUGCAAUGGCAGAUGUCUCGGAACUGGGUUACAAUUAUCAAGCACCCUCAUUUGGUCCCAUUGCAGGGGAGGUGGUUUCGGUAACUCACAGAGUAGUGGAAGUUUUGGCCAGACAUUUGGUGGUGGUUUUGGUGGGGCUCCUUCAAAUGCUUACAUUCCUCCAGAAGCUUCCGUUUCAGUUCCCUCCAGCAGUUAUAUUCCUCCUGGCCCAGCACCUGCACCGGUCUUUCAAACAUAUUCCGCACCCACAAACACUUACAUUCCUCCCCCGGUGGGAAACUCCUUUGGAGGUGGUUUCGGUGGCGGCGUAUCCCAGGUUGCCUUUGCCGAUAUUAGCAACUCCAUAGCUCCCCCUGUUGCCGAUUUUGGCACAGAGUUAGCCGACGAUGGUUACCGUUACAGGACGGUUCGUCGUCGUGUGUACCGUACACGCAUCUGAAUACGAAACGAUUUAAAAGCAAUUCAAACCUUUGGUUUAGCUUUUGCCAAAAGUAUUAUUCCAAACAAACAAAAAAAUAAA